AGGGUAGAAACCGGUGCGCAACGUGCGAGCGGAACGCCGUCAUUUUCAAAGUCAAACGUCUUAUUCAGAACACAGUGAAGCCAUACACGCUGGUUGAGGGCCUCAUUCGUAGAAAACCGUUUGUGAUCAAGAAAAAUGGCGGAAAAUUAAAUGCGCCGCAUCCUCACAUGUUCUGAAGAAAAAGGUUGGAGGUGAAAAGCUUGAGACCAUGUUUCGAACGAAACAAGACGUCGAUAGGCAUGCUGCGAGUGUACUGGGAAGAAUCAAGAAUGAAAAAGAGAAAAACUCCAGAGGCUACCAGAUAGCAAGGCUGUAUUUUGACGUGUCCGAGUAUGAAGUUGCUAAAAGGUACCUGUCCUCGUUCCUGAGUGUGAGAGAGACGGUGCCCCAGGCACACAAGCUCAUGGGGCACAUCUUCUUAAAGACAAAUGAAAAGGAAAAGGCUCUGGCAUGUUACAAGAGGGCCCUGGAGCUUGAUGGCACGCAGAAAGAUUUGAUCAUCAAAAUUUGUGAGCUGUGUACGCAGGUGCCAAUGGAUCCUGAACGAGCUAGAUUCUGGCUGGAGAAGGCGGAGCUAACCUGCCCUGGGAAUGAUGUUAUCUUCAGACUGAGGGAGAUGAUAGCCCAGAACAGUGGUGAUGAAGACUUCCAGGAACUAGAAAACCUCAUCACAUCAGAAUUGACACAACGACCAGAAGAUGUAAGCCUACGAGUGAAGCUGCUACGCUUGUACCUGAAGUCGGGGAAGCUUGACCAUGCUUACAAUGUGGCUGUGCAGACUGACCGCACCAUGGCUUUCACAGACAGCCUGGAGUGGUAUGAAACUCUCCUUGAUGUCUACUAUGCCUACAAAGGGAAGACUGGCUGCCGUGGAGACCUACGAUUCUACACCCAGUUCCUGCACACUUUGAGGAAUGUCGUGUACCUGCGUCUAUGUUACAGGGAACCUGCUGAUUGUGCUGAGGUUCUUCACCAGUUUGACCAGGUGCUUCAAGAAGCUGUACAGAUUCCAAAACAGCAGGAGGACGACUGGAUGUCAUUCCUAACUGAGAUGACCGGCCAGUUCUUCUUCUCCUGCGGCACGCUGCUGCUGAAGAGAGCCCAAAAGGGUGGGCUGUCGUGGAAGGAUGUGAUCCCCCUGGCCUCCGUGUGCUAUCUUCUCAACAACUCCAUCAUCACAAUAGACUCGCGGUCCGAGUGGUUUGUGUCAGCAAGCAAGGACAAGAAGAGCAUGUAUGAACAUCUGCACAUGAUCAGCAACUUCCGACGCAGCCAGGGAGGCCACACUCUACAAGCACUGGGCAAGGGAGACACAGCAACAUGGACACAGAAACUGAGACAGCAAUACUGCACACAACAAGGCCGAGAAAAGCUGUACGACAUCGUCUUCACUCUGCCAGACAUGAGAGCAAAGAAAGACAGUUCCUACCUGAUGAAGAAUCGGACCUUCACGGACAACAUACUCCUGUUUCCUUCCCGGCGCCAGAUGCGAACCUUCGACUCGGGUUGCUACAGACUCCAUCCCCACAGUCUGACCAACUUCAUAUGGCUGGGUCUUCAACGGUACUCCUGUAAAGACAAGGCUCAGCCUUACUACGGCUUCGACAUCUUUGAGGGUUUGGUUUACAGUGUGAAAAACAUGUCAGUUGGUGGUGCGGAGUCUUUGUGUCAGCUGGACACAGAUGUGUUUCUCAUUGCGUCGGUUCGCUGUGCAGCAUUGAGGCACCAGGAGAUGAUUCACAUGGGUCACAGUGAUCCCACGCAGCCAGACUUUCUACCCCUGAGUCUGACGAAACCACUGUGUACACAGGAGCAGGCAGACUGGUGGCUGGCAGCUUACAAAUUCCACACUAACACAGUCAAGGACAACUUUUCCAAGAUGCGCCACACCCUGCAGCGGGGGAUAGAGACUGUCCGCCUCGUCGCGGGUCACGGGGUGUCUGUCAACCUCAUCAUCCACAUAGCCAGGUCACUGGAGGUGAAGGCCUCUGAGAUGAAACAAUUGGGGCUACAGUUCACAGUGAAUGUUACCGACACUGAGACCAGAGCAGAGUUUUACUGGGAGCAGGCCCUGGAAAUGUUGAACCGACUUGAUAAGAACCGGAAUCCCCCUGUGCCGAAGCACCGACUGUUCAAGGAUGACACUGACCAGGACCUGGACGAGGCCACCAUUAAAGCGCUCACCUCCGAGGUCCAGUACGCUGUUGGCUGUGCAGCCAUGAAGAAAAACAAGUACGAGGAUGCUAUCAAUAUAUUUGACAAACUACACACGCCAUAUGCUUCACUCAACUCGGCAAAGAUAUACAAGGUUCUAGCAGAGCAGGAGCGAUCUCGGGAUGCUCCUGUUGGAAGAGAACAACACCAGAUUCUCUUAACAAAAGCUCGGGAUGCCAUCUAUCGUACUUUUGAUCUUCUGCAAGGAGAUAAGAAACAUGAAUUGAACAAGUCGGUGCAGCAACAUUACGAUGAGAUUGAGUCUCAGCUGAUGAGUGUGGCAGAGUGGGAUGAUGAUGAAGAGCCAAGUCAGUACCACACUCCAACAGCCAUCCAGAUGGAUGGAGACGUGUCGUCCCCAGACCACAGUACACCAAGGGACAAGUCCAGGACCAAGUCUCCAGCAGCUCAAGUCAGCUUCAAUACAUCUGAUGCUGGCCGACACAUCAGACCAAGCCCAGAGCACAUGGAUGCCAAGAUCCGUUCCCUGGCCUACUCCCAAGAGUCCUUGGUCAAGAUGGUGCUUGCCCGCAAUGAGGAGCUGGUCAAGUUCAACAGUCAGCUUGUGGAGGCCCUGAGGGAGAACAGAGAAGUCAUCACACAGCUUAAGUCCCAACUUAACUUGAGCCAGAAGUACAACUACUCCAGUCUGUCUACACCUGGACCUCACAUGGCCUCACCCUACCAUCCACCUUACCCCCCUCCUCAGGGAAUGGCUCCUGCUCAGUUUGGAUACCAGAUGCCUAGUCCAGCAGGCUUACCUGGCUACAGACCUCCAUCUCCUCGUUCACGUAGUAGGACCAACCUCAUGGGACACACUGGCUUCAUGGGCAAGGAUGAGUCCAAUGUUGUUGAAGGGGAUGAUGAUGAUGAGAAUCCUUACUUCAUUGAUGGAGAGUUCUUUGAGGAAAGUUUAGCCCACCCUCAUGGGCAAUACUAUGUACCAGACUCACACCUUGAAUGGCCAUAUGGAAACAGGGCAGGCAUUGAGGGAAGCUCAACGGUAACUUAUGCUCCCCAGAACAGACCUCAGAUGCCACAAAGUGGCUUCUUUGCCUCUUCUCUGAGGGGACAGUCAAUACAGUAUGGUCAGUCUAACAUUGCUACAUCAAUGCCCGGUCCAGGAUACUUUUCCUCACCCCAUGGCCUUACGACAGCAUCAGCAAUAAACCAGACCCCCUCCCUUUAUGCUGCCAUCAUAGGCAAGGAUUCUCCUCAUAACAUGGGAGCAAUACAUGCACAGAUUCCAUCAGGAGCACCAAGUCCUGCUGCUCAGGCUAUUCCUCAGUACCUGGGUCAGCCAGCAGCCCAGCCUCAGCAUCAGCAUCAGCCUCAGCAUCAGCAGCAGCCUCAGCAUCAGCAGCAGCCUCAGCAUCAGCCUCAGCAUCAGCCUCAGCAUCAGCAUCAGCCUCAGCAUCAGCAUCAGCCUCAGCCUCAGCCUCAGCCUCAGCCUCAGCCUCAACCUGCCACAACCCUUGCAUCACAGAUGGCUCAGAAGCCAAUUUUCACAUCAGGAAAUUUUGGAGCUGGUGUUAAGACUGCUUCAACCCCUCUGACCAAGGCGACAAGUCCCCAGGCUGUCCCUGCUCAACCUCAACCUUUUGGUCAGAUGCCACAGGUGCAGGCUCAGAAUCUUGUUAACAGGGCUGUGACAUCCACUACUUCCCCCAGUGCGUCUACUGCGGAAGUUGUUUGUAUUUUCCAAGGAAAAGCAACCUACACAUCGAAGAUUGGUUCCAAGCAGGAAGGUAAUGUCAAAGUGUUCUUUUUUGGUGCUGAGAAGGGUGGCCGGGUUAGGAUGGAGACUCUAUCAACGAAUCAGAUAAUCCUCAACCAUGACAUUAAUACACUGAAGCUGGUGGCAGCCUUCACCCCGCAGCUGGUCACAUGGAAGAGACCCCAGCAUGAUGGGAAGGGAGAGGAGACUGUGAACUUAAACUUUGAAAAUGCUGAACUAGCUCAGAAAUUGAAGUCAGUCAUUCAGAGAAUCCAGGAAGCAGGGAAGAAAUCUGAAGCUUCAACUCCAAAACCAGCUGUGGCAACUUCAUCGCCAUUCACCAUCGCAGGCUCUCAGGCCUUUAAACCAACCACAACACAGACCCCUACAGGAUCUUCACCUGCAGUGUUUGGCCAGGCUCAGUCAGGAAUGCCUGCAUCAGCUGCCCUUGCAGCCCUGUCUGCCAAACAAGGAGAGGAGAAGACUGUCCAAUCUGGCGAAACACCUAAGCCAUCUUUGGGUGGAUUCACAUUCAAUACUACCCCAAUGAUCAAACCUCAGGAAGACAAGUCGAAAACAUCACCAACAGUCAAACUGAAGGAAAGUUCACUCAAGGUAACAAGUCCUGGAAGCGAAACGCCUGCAGCAAAUCAACCCAAGCCUUUUGCUGGAUUUACCUUUACACCAACCAAACCCAUAACUCCACAAGCACCAGUUGUAGCUGAUGCUAUGAAGAGAGGAACGGGAGAUGGGCCCUCAUCUGCUUCAACAGUUAGCUCUGCUUUUACUCUUGGACAAAACACUGGAAGCCCCAUGCCCAGUUUUUCCAACAUUGCUGCCAACACUUCAGCAACAGGAUUCUCUGGAUUAAAGACAGGUCAGCACUCGUUUCUGACAACCCCAGGUAAGGGAGAUGAGGAGGAUAAGGUUGAGGAAUAUGAACCCAAUGUUGACUUCAAGCCUGUUAUUGAUCUGCCAGACUUAGUGGAGAUGAAGACGGGGGAGGAGGAUGAAGAGAAGGUAUUCGGGGAGAGGGCCAGGCUGUUUAGGUUUGAUGCUGAUACCAAUCAGUGGAAGGAAAGGGGCAUCGGUGAGGUGAAGAUUCUGUUCAAUAAGGCUGCCAAACGUUACCGAAUUCUGAUGAGACGUGAGCAAGUUUUGAAGAUUUGUGCUAAUCACAACAUAACCAAAGACAUGAAACUGACACCAAUGACCAGCUCUGACAGAGCUUGGUGUUGGUCUGCUAUGGAUUUUUCAGAGGAGGAAAUGAAAAUGGAAAAGUUGGCCAUCAAGUUUAAGACUCCAGAAUUGGCUGGUCAGUUCAAAGAAUGUUUUGAGAAAUCCCAGGAUAUGAUGGAAGACUCACCAGUGAAACCAGUACCAGAAGCUAUUGGAAGCAGUGAAGUAGCUGAGAAAAAAGAGGAUCCUAAAGGAAAGAAGUCAUUAGCAGACAUGUUCAAACCUAAAACUGGAAGCUGGGAAUGUGAGGGAUGCUACUGUGUGAACAAGGGUGAGCAACUGAAAUGUCCAGCAUGUAACACAAUCAAGCCAGGCGCCGAAGAGGAAGUUAAGAAAGCUGAAACAACCAAACCUGCACCAGGUAUUUCCAGUGGAGGCUUUCAGAUUGGUGAAGGAGGAUUCCAGAUUGGUGGGGGAGCAGGAGGAGGAGGCUUCGGUUUUGGGAAGAAGCAAGAAGGCGGAGGAUUUGGUUUGGGCUCUGCAACGUCUGGUGGUGGAUUUUCAUUUUCUACAAAGCCAACACAAAGUGCUAAAGACUCUCCAAAGGAAACUGCAGUUGAUUCAGGUAGAGAGGCUGCUAAAAACAUCCUGAAGUCAGAUGCAUCCACGAUAGGACCCGGAGGAUUUAGUCUUGGAGGAGGUGGAUUCAAGUUGGAUGGUGUUGGUAUUGAUGGAUUCAGUUUCUCACCCAAGCCGUCCACUCCAGCAACCCCAGCUAAAAGUGAGCCAGCUGAUUCUACCACUGGAGGCCUCUUGGCUGAGAUGCUGCAGUCUAAUGAUCCUCAGCCCACAACAACUGGAGCACCUCCAGCAGCUACAUCUGGGUUUGGUUUUGCUCCCAAAUCAUCAGGAUUCAACUUUGCUUCCGCAGCUGAUUCUGCCAAGAAGGAUGGAUCUGGAGGCUUCCAGUUUAAUCUUGGAAAGGUCUCAACUCCAGUGAAGAGCCAAGAAAAGAAAGAAAGCAGCUCCCCAUUUCAGUUCACCUUCAGCCUUACCCCAUCAAAGACUCCUCAAGCCAAGGCCUCUGUGACGUCCCCCAAAUCUCCAGAAGGGGACUACUAUGUCAAUAAGGAUGGAGAGGACUCUCACAUCUAUUUUGAACCUAUUGUGUCUUUACCUGACAAAGUUGAUGUGAAGACUGGGGAAGAGGAGGAAAUAACCCGUUUUGAACAGAGGGCAAAGCUCUUCAGGUUCAGUGAGGGUGAGUGGAAGGAGAGGGGUCUUGGCACAAUGAAGAUCCUGGAACACAAAUCCUCUCACCGCUACCGAUUGCUGAUGAGGCGAGAACAGAUCUACAAAGUCUGCUGCAACCAUGUCAUCACCCCUGAGCUGGAACUCAAGCCUAUGGCCUCAGGUGAUGGGAAGUCGUGGGUUUGGUAUGCUAAGGACUUCUCAGAAGAGGAGGGCAAGGUGGAACAACUGGCUAUCAAGUUUAAGAACAAGGAGAUAGCUGACAAAUUCAAGAAGGAGUUUGAUGCUGGCAAAUGUGGUGAAAAACGUGCUUCUGCUGCUGCUACAGAAGAUGUGUCAGCCAAGCAGGUUGAGGUUGAAGCUCUGAUGACAAGCUCAACCAAGCAGGUUUCUGGUGAUAGUGGCAAUCCUUAUUACAAAGCUGAGCUUGAGAACCUAAGCAUAGAGCCCUUACAGACCAGUAGGUCUAGUCAGCCAACAGGGGAUGAGGGCAGUCCUUACUAUAAGGAAAGACUGGAUACAUCUGGGGUUGAGGAACAUAUGUCUUCUGCGAGUGUUCAAGGAAUUGGGGACAAAGGAAACCCAUAUUACAAAGCAGACAUUGAGAAAACGAGUGCAGAAUCUUUUAUGACUAGCACCAGUGUACAAGGAACAGGUGAUGGAGGUAACCCGUAUUAUGUACAGCAUCUUGAUGACUCUGAGAUAGUGGAAGAAAUGGCAGCUACAACUGUACAUGGUACUGGUGACAGGGGAAAUCCAUAUUAUAAAUCUGGGCUAGAUGUGUUCAGUGUGGAGUCUUCGAUGACCAGUUCGAACAUUCAAGGUCAAGGUGACAAGGGCAAUCCAUAUUAUAAGGCUGAUCUAGAAAAAUCCGGAGUUGAAUCCCAGAUGACAAGUAUGGACAUUCAGGGUACUGGAAACAAGGGCAACCCAUAUUACAAGGCUCAGUUGGAGGAAGCAAGUGUAGAACCCCAGAUGGAAGCUGCAAAUAUACAAGGUAAUGGAGACAAAGGCAAUCCUUAUCAUACAGCACAGUUUGGACAGGCUGCUGUCAUAGAAUCCAUGUCAGCCACCAAGGUUGCACAUGGUACUGGUGGUGAGGGCAAUCCCUACUACAGCUCUGAACUGGACAGACUUGUGGAUGAGUCCCUUCUGUCUAGCGCCAGCUAUGAAGAAACAUGUGAUGAAGGCAAUCCUUACUAUUCAUCCCAGCUUGACCAGACGGGUGUAGAGCCAGUGAUACAGAGCAGUAGCACCCAGAGGACUGGGGGCAAGGGCAACCAUUACCACACAGAACACUUGGACAGCUCAGUGGUUGUGGAGACUGUCACAUCCAUCACAGUCAGUCAGGCCACCGGGGAGGAUGGCAACCCUUAUUAUAGCUCUGAACUGGACGAGUUGAUAGAUGAACCAAAGAUGACAUAUUCUAGCAGUCAGGGGACUGGUAACCUUGGCAACCCUUACUACUCCUCCAAGCUGAAUGACACUUCAGGUGUGGAGUUCCUGUAUGUGGAGGAGGCUACAGAGGAACAGAAGGCCAGAGCCAGGAAGUACCUGUUGCCCGAGUCCUUCUACCUCUAUGAAAACAAACCCCCUUGUCCAGGCUGUAUUGGCUGUGAGGACUAUGACCCCAGUAAAGUCAGCGUGCCCAGCAAGGUCAAAGCCAAAUCAAAAUCUGAGGAGACAAGUCCUGCACCAACAAGAGCGUCAGUUCAAGUUUCAAGCAGUGCUGGUAGUGUUGCAAGCAGUACUGGUGCCAGUGAAGGGUUCUGCAUGUUCGGCCAGGCUUCAGGGAUGUCCUUUUCUACCCUAGCUGCACAGGGAGAUGCAGUUGGUUAUGCUUUCAAGAAAGAUGAGAACCGACCAUUCCAGUGGUCAGGAGCAGGUCAGCAGAUCUUUGGGACUUCCCCAGGAGGCAACAGGACCAAUGUUGAUGAUGAUGAUGUUGUGCAGAGUGAUGACAUUGACUUUAAGCCCAUCAUUGACCUUCCAGAACUAGUUGAAGUCAAAACAGGGGAAGAAGGUUGGGAGGUGGUGUACUGCCAGAGAUCGAAGCUGUUCCGAUAUGUGCGGGAUUCCAACCAAUGGAAGGAGAGAGCUGUGGGAGACAUGAAGAUCCUCAAACAAGAUGAUAAAUACCGAUUGCUGAUGAGGCGAGAUCAAGUACACAAAGUAGCAUGUAAUCAUCUGAUAGCUGGCAAUAUGACCCUGUCUCCCAUGUCAACGUCAGAGACAGCCUGGUGCUGGACUGCUCAAGACUAUGCUGAGAACGAGGCCAAGGUUGAACAGUUUGCCCUAAGGUUCAAGACAGAGGAGCUGGCCAGACAGUUCAAGAAGAAGUUUGAGGAGGUUCAGGAGCUGGUCAGGGCAACGGAAUCUGGAACUGAUGUACUUCCAGCAUCUCCAGCCAAGAAUACCAACAACUCGGCAAUUGUGUCCAAAAGCCAGGACGUCCCUGUGACAGAGGAGGAGGAGGAAGAAGAUGACGAUUCUGAGGAAGAAAGCAUCAUGUUUGAGAAGAGAGCUACGUUGACUUAUUUUGAGAAUGAUGAGUGGAAGAAACUUGGAAUGGGCAACUUGAAGAUUCUGUACAAUGAUGACCUGAACGGAAACCAGAUUGACAUGGAGACAGAUGACAAACAAAAAGUCUGCAACCAUGUCAUUUGUCGCGAACACUCAAUAAAACUAGAGAAUCAGAAGAGAGCCUGUAUGUGGAGUGCCCAAGACUUCUCAACAGACGAGCCAGUCAGGAGGGACUUUAAGGCAGCUUUCAGCUCAGUAGCUGCUGCAGAGGAGUUUGCUAAAUCUUUUAUGGAGGGUGUGAGCUUAGCCCGAGAUUCUGAGUUGUCAGAGAAGAUUUCACAUGAAAUGGAUACACCUGUUAUAUUUUCUCACGGCGAUGCUACGGGAGUGGGACGGAAAUUCAUGCUCCAGUUGUUCAAUAUGUUUGUAUACAUAGCAUUAGCUGUCACUAGCCCUAGCACUGUUUCUGGACUUGAAUUGAAUGAUUCUCCUGAUUUGAAUUUGUACUUAUCCCCAAUUCCUGCCCAACGACCAGGUCAAACCCGAAUCCUUGUUAGCCAAUCUGAAGCAAGCUCUGCAACCUCUAUGGGUGGCAGUAGCCAAUGUGAGACGAGGAUACAGCCAGGUGAAAGUGAGGGCAGCCAAUCAGCAGCCUCAUCACUAACAGGGGAGGGUGUGUCAGCCACUGAUGCUUCCUCAGUUGUUUCAUGUUCGCCUGAGCUGUCUGCUCUCUUAAGUUCAUUCUUAGAGGAAGACCAGAAAAGAUGAAGAAAAUGAAGGAUUAGGCAAAUUGAAAUAUAUGUGUGUACAAAGUGGAAGAGUAAUUCUGGACAAUAAAUGAAAGGUUUUGUUGCCACCUGACAGACCUGGUGAACAAAUUGUUUUUUAGUUGCUUGGCAACCCAAUGUCCAUACUAAGUUGCCAUGCAGUAAUGACAUCACAAAUCAUGAAAUUUGGUGCCUGUGUCCAUACAUGUGUGCGGAAUAUUUUGAACCUGAACUUGCAGGCAUUUUUGCCCUUGCUGUACAUGAUGAAAAAGGCGAAAUAUAUAAAGAUUAUUGUCUCACAGUGUUAUUACAUCAGUGUCAUUAAUAUGAACAAUUAGAUUAGCAAGAUGGUAUUAUUUCCAAGGAUUUCUUUGUCAUCUUUUAUAGAAGUGCAUUUCAUGUUUCAUCAAAAUGACAUAGUGCUAAUUCAAGAAUGGUAGAUCUAGCUAAGCUUCUGAAUUUCACACAUCAUACAAGUAAUUCAUGGAAUUUUCUGUUGUAAAUAUCAGGUCAGCAUCCUCAUCAACAUUCAUUAAACAUAUGUAUUGCUUGAAAGAACAUUGUUGUAAAUACAUGAAUAAAUAUCCCUGUUGUUACUGUUUACUGAA